GGAAGAGUGCCUUCAAGAAGAAUCCUCCCCCCCCCUACAUAAAACCCCUCUCUUCAAUUCCUCCAAACCACUCUCUCUCUCUCUCUCUUUCUCUCUGUUUUAUCCGCCUCUGCAACAAGUUUUGAACCCAAAGCAACCAAAUUUCUCCUUCCUCUCUGUGUGGGGGACAUUCAUGGCUGAUAAAGAUGGGAUCUUGGUGAGCAGUGAAGCCCCCAAGGACCAGAAGAAGAACGCCUUCCCCUUCUUCCCCAACUUCGGUUUCAAGUUCCCAUUCCAAUUCCCCAAGAAGGACCCCACCCCGGUGAAGGAACCCGAGCUGGCUGGCGCUGGCGGCGGCGGCGGCCGCGAGAGCGAGGGCGAGAAGCCCGACGUCGUGAUGUUCCCUCGCAAGCCCCUGGAGCCUCCGCCUGCGUUGAAGCUCGAGGUCGAGGAGGAGGCCGGGAAGACGUCGAACCCCGUGAUUUUGUGGCAGGUCUAUGCGCUUGGGGGCUUCCUCAUCUUGAAGUGGGUCUGGGGAAGAUGGCAAGAGAGGAAGGCCAGGAAGGGUGGCGAUGAUAAAGCUACCGAUGAUGAUGCCCAAGAGUCUGCACCUGAUGAUUCACUUUGCAUUAGCAAAAAGAUCACUCACUCUUUUCUUCAAUAUGUUGUGUGGUAUAGUGGUUUUGUAUACUCUUAACUCUCUCAUAACUCGGUUCAGUGUAUUAUCCCUCCUGAUGGUUUAGUCAACUGAAGGGCAUUUCUCAGGUC